AUGGCGAGCCCUCUCGAUGCAGGUGCCGGCUCAGAGCUGUUCAGCAGCUAUGAAGCUGAGCUUAAGUUAGUCCAGGCAGACCUGAACCAGAAACUCGACCAAAUCGCAGAAUACCAGGGAGAGGAAAGGAAGUCAGCCAUAAAACAAGCAGAGAAGUCAUUAGAGGAGGCCACCGAACUAAUAGAUCAAAUGCGGAUAGAGAAAGAGAACAUCCCCUCCGCAGCCCGUUCGAAAGUGAAUGCCCGUUUCCGCAAUUUCGUAACAGACAUCGACGACGUCAAGCGUCAGCUUAAAGCCCUCUCCGAUGACCGCAGAGCGCUCUUUGGCGACCGAUACACAGAUGAGCCCAACGGCGUAAACGACCACCAUCUGGAGCAGAGACAGCAGCUGCUAUCCGGAACUGAACGUCUAGAGCGGAGUUCCGCCCGUCUAAGGGAUAGCCAGAGAGUAGCGCAGGAGACCGAGGAUAUUGGACGGCACACAUUAGCUGAUCUAUACAUCCAACGCCAGACCAUCGAGCACACCCGAGCUGGCUUACUGGAAAGUGAAGGCUACGUGGAUCGCAGCGUAAAGACGCUGAGGGGGAUGGCUCGUAGGAUGGCUACGAAUCGGAUGAUUACUCUCGCCAUCAUAACCGUAUUGGUCCUUCUUAUCGUUGCUGUUAUAUACAGCAAGUUUCACUGAGCGUUCUCUUUUUGGGUAUAUUAUUGCGUCUUAAUUUAGUUUUGGUGUUUUAGGCGAACCGUCUCCUUUUUAUUUAUAUUGUCCGCCCACCUUUCGUUUUUUCUAUUGGUGUUUGUUUGUGAUAUUGAUUUUGUACCAUACGACUAUUCUUUAUUGCUACUACAAUCUCCGGUUUACGUACCGUCUAAGGAGCGGGUCCGAUGGAGACAAUCGGCUGAACGAAUACAAUAAUAUAGCGAUUUCAUUAUAAA